AUGGACAUUGCCAAUUUGGAAGACACCAUCAUGGAGAUGGCACGCUCUUCCACGGCGCGCAACAGCGUUGCUCACCCGGGCCGGCGCCUCUCCAUCGCCUCUUCGGCGCACACGCGAUCAUCGUCCUGUGCCUCCAGCACAUCCCACAUGUUGGGAACGAGUCCCUUCCCGGCUCCGCUGAAGCCUCUACCGCCUGUGCCGGCCUCGGUCAGGACGUCUCAGCGCACGUCAUCACAGCCGUCUUCAUGUGACCAGUCGUCCCUCGAUAUGGACCGCUUGUCACAUGCGUCGAGCACGACCUCGUCCAACCUGUCGAGAGCGUCCAUGCAGUCCUUCAGCGUGCGGCCGCCCGUGCCUCGUCGCCCGCCAGAGCACCUGCGCCCGCUGUAUCCCCUCGAGAUUGUCUAUUGGAAACAGCUCGCUGGUGCCGAGAAGCGCAAGAGCGGCAAGACGAACAUGGUGCACUAUCUCGACAUCUCCACCAAGGCUAGCACGGUGGCCACCAAGCAUGGCAACAGCGUCAUCAAGUUCUGGGAGGUCUCGUCGGGGGAUCUGGUCGGCACCGUCAAGAUCUCCGCCUACACCGAGGCACACUGCAGGUCGCGUGACUACCUGAUCCGCAGCCACCUCAUCCUGUCCGAGACCAACCAUCUCGCCGCCAUCGCUACCCGGUUUGGCCGCACCAUUGAGAUCUGGGACUGGAAGAUCAACAAGAAGCUCCAGGUCAUCGACGACACUGACCGGUGGGUGGCCGGUCGCUUUGAAACGCACGACGUGGGCUGGAGUCCGCUCGCGGCCUACCGCGGCAAGGACGCUCUGAUCGACCUGUUUGCGGCCACGCCACAGAAGAAGCCGUUUGUCAAAGUCCGCACCAUUGACAUUCGAAAGGCCGGACUGCCUUUCACGCCUCAGUACCCGGAGCUGGCGCUGUCCUCCACCAGUCCACUGCUCGUCGCCGCCGCGGGGCCCCGUCCGCCUCGAGCGGGCCACCCACCGCCCGACCGGGAAACGAUGCUGGUGACGUGGGACAUUACCGACUUUCGGGAGGUCUCAAACGCCCCCGACCGCGUCGUCAGACCGUGGCAGCACAAGGAGCUCGAGACAGCGCUGCCGUGUAACCUGACAGCCUAUGGGGACCUCGUCCUGUCCAUCUGGAUUCCGUCUGGCUACCGCACCGUGACGAAUCACAACGCCAGGGGCGAGCUGGAGUAUACGUUGACGCCGGUGCCGGUGCCAUUCCGCUACGUCCUCGUGUGGGAUCUCAGCGAGAACUCGACGCGCACGUACGGCAUCCCCAACACCACGUCGUGCAUCUCGCCCGACUGCCGCUUCGUGGCGUACAGCCAGGUGGCCGAGCGACGGAGCAAGAUCGCCAUCCUGGACGCGCAGUCGGGCGAGGAGGUGUGGAGUGCGGGCGGCGAGGGCAACCUCAAGUCGCUCGAUCAGGUCGGUGACCUGUCCAAGGUGACGGAUCUCGCCUUCUCUGCCGACGGGCGGUUCCUGGUGGUGGGCGAGGUCGACGGCAACACGAGCGUGUACGACGUGCGGGAGUCGGCGUUCUAA